CAGGGUCCCAACGGGAGUGUCGGGGUGUAACGGGCGUGGGUUCCGAUUACCAGCUGCCGGCGUCGGGUGAGGUGUGCAACAAUCUUCAAGAAACAGAUCAAAUACCCUAAGUGGACGUAAGUUUCGAAAAACCUGCUAUCAACAUGACGUCACCACUGCCGCUGCUGCGUUCCUUUUCAACCGAAAACCAGAACCGUGACUGGAGCAAGCGGUUUUCCCUGCGCAUCAAGCAGAAAAGCAGCAAUGAUGGUAAACUGGACUUUGCAUCGUUGCGCAAGAACAAAUUUGCACGCCGCUGUUCGUCCCUUCGCCAGCAGCCCACCGAACAGACCACGUCGAGCGUAACGCUCGAGCUGGAGUCCGCCUCGCCGGCACAUUCCAUGACCAUCCACGAAAACAGCUCACCGAAGAAACCGAAAUGGGAGGUCAUCGAACACUUCAAAUCGAACGUCCGGGGACAGGAGUCGAUCAGCAGCAGUCUCAUAGCGGCCGGCGUGACAGCGUUCAACCUGGACGAUACCACCUCCAACUACUCCGGCACACCAUCGAUACGGAAGAAAAGCUUCCAGAUCUACAGUGGCGCAGCCCAGGAAGAGCUUGAACCGCUGAAUAACAUAAACAUCAACAACACAACCGAGGGUGUGUUCGAUACAUCCCGCUGCUGGAACACGGUCAAAUGUUUGUUCAACGGAGUCAUCUGCUCGCACAAGUUCAAAAAUGUCCAGGUGGAAAUGCUGUACCAGCGGUACUUCCUUCGCAUGAAUCAAAGCAAUGCGGUUCACAUCGUGUGGCUUCUGUUAGGAUUAAUAUUUAUCUUAGCGCUAAUACAUCUAGUGUUUACGUUCAUCCUGCAACAGUCGCUGGAAAGCUGCUACGAAUCGCCGCUGGACGGUGUACAACACGCCGGUCAAGACCCCAUCAACGGUACGACGUUGGCGGCGAUUGCAUUCGGUAACGCUAGCUACGAAGAUCCACUCGAAAGAAACAGAUCCGAAGAGGUGGUUCCACCGGAUCGGAGGUACGAAGAACAAAGCGUAACGAACCAACCGAACCAACGGGCAGACAACGAAGCGACGGUGGAAGCGAAGCGUGGCUACCAUGGCAACGAAAAGGACGACCCGGGCGGUGUCGAUGAUGAAGGUUUCAAGGAAGUGGCUGACGAGUGGACAGCUGCUGGUCAAGACACGAGUCAUCCCGGGCAGGAUGCGGCCGGUGGUGUGAGAAGGACGAAGCGGCGAUGGGCUGAAUCGGAGACUCCCGUCGUGGUACCUGUUGCUGGUGGAGACUGGUACCAAUCGUACCGCAGUGGGCGAAAGACAAGAGACAGACGCUGGACCCGAGGGCAUGCAAAUCGCAGAAAUAAUGUCGAGUCCACCGGGCACGACAAUGGCUACGUCGCGGAAAGUGCAGCUGACAGCACGGUGCACGAUAAGCAGAACGUGCUGGACGACGGAGACAAAAGGCGGAAGUAUACCACUACCGACAGUAGCCGCGAGCCGGCGGACACCGGAAGCGAAGCGUACGGUUCGGUGAGUAGUACGUACCCGACGCCCCCGGUCAACGUCAGCAGCGAUUACUCGGAGGAUGGCGAAAUUCCGCUGUGCAAUCGCGACUACUUCACGCUGCUGAAGGACAACAUGACCCAGAUCAUCGUGCUCGGCGUGUGUGCGACCGUGUACGCGCUGCUGCUGAUGUGUCUGUACAAGCAGCGCAUCAACGAGAUCUACCUGUUCCAGGUGUCGUACGUCAUUAUGGUGACGCUGCUCGUGCUGGACGUGUGCUUCAGCUUCACCACCUCGGCGAAAAAGUUCACCUCGUCUGGUGGAUGUACGGUGAUUGCCAUCUACAUCAUCUACACGAUGCUGCCGAUACGACUUCGCGAGGCCGUUGUUGGUGGCAGCUUGCUGUCCAUUUCGCACAUCGUGCUAAUGUUCUACAUGAACGAGUCCGACGACAUGGACGUGCUAUACUGUGAUCUGAUCACACUGGCCUGUACGAACGCGACCGGCAUACUACUGCACUGGCCGAAGGAAAAGUCCCAGCGAAAGGCAUUCAUGGAAACGCGCCAGUGCGUCGAAGCACGGCUAAAGAUCCAGCGCGAAAACCAGAAGCAGGAACAGCUGCUGCUGUCCGUUCUGCCACGGCACGUCGCGAUGGAGAUGAAGAACGAUAUCGCCGGACAACCGCGGGAGGCUCAGUUCCACAAAAUCUACAUCCAGCGUCACGAGAACGUUAGCAUACUGUUCGCGGACAUCUGCGGCUUCACCAGCCUGAGCGAUCAGUGCACGGCCGAGGAGUUGGUACGGCUGCUGAACGAACUGUUCGCACGGUUUGACCGCCUGGCGCAGGAGCAUCACUGUCUGCGCAUCAAGCUACUCGGCGACUGUUAUUACUGCGUGUCGGGAUUGCCCGAGGCCCGGCCAGAUCACGCACUGUGCGCGGUUGAGAUGGGCCUGGACAUGAUCGAUGCGAUUGCACUGGUGCGUGAAGUUAUGGCGGUCAAUGUGAACAUGCGCGUCGGUAUCCAUACGGGGCGUGUACACUGCGGCGUGCUUGGAUUGCGAAAGUGGCAGUUUGAUGUGUGGUCCAACGAUGUGACGCUUGCGAACUACAUGGAGAGUGGUGGUGUUCCCGGCCGGGUGCACAUCACCAAGGAAACGCUCCGUUGCCUUGGUGAUCAUUACGAUGUCGAGGAGGGUCGUGGUGCGGACCGGAACAGCUAUCUCAAGGACCAUCAGAUCCAAACGUAUCUGAUCGUGCCGAAGGAUGCAUCGUAUCGACCGCACACCAUGUCGAAACAGUCGUCGUCUGUUAAUGGCAACAUCUCCAAGGAGUUGCGCAUGAUGGGCCACUGGUCGAAGAUGGGCUUCAAUGACAAAACCGAACCGAAAAGCACCGAGGAGGAGGUGAACGAGUAUCUGAUCAAGGCGAUCGACGCCCGCAGCAUUGAUCGGUUGCGGCUCGACCACUGCAAGCGGUUCCAUCUGACGUUCAUCAAGGAUGACAUCGAGCGAAAGUAUUGUCUCGAACCGGAUCCGAUGCUGAACGUUUACUUCUACUGCAGCAUCAUUAUCUUUCUGGGCAUCAUGUCGAUACAGGUGCUGGUGUUUUCAAUGGAUCACUACAGCUACUGGGUGUAUGGGAUAUUAUCGCUUACCCUGUUGGUGUCCUGCGUUCCGGUGUUCACACGGGAAGAUAUGAAAGUGUCCACAUUCUUUCGUGGAUUGUCACAAAAAAUUCACGGCCACCGUGAAAUAGCUCAAGUGAUAUCGCUCUGCGUCGUCAUUACUGUGAUAUGUUUAUCUUACUACAAACUGACUUUAAUUUUCUAUCUUUCACUUUACGACGAGUACCCGCUCGUUCGGCCUAGUAAUUGUAAGGAGUCGAAAAUUAUUAAUAUUCUGCUAUUGCUUACCUUGCUUGCCUUACUCACCUGUGCGGUGCAUCAGUUUAUAAAAAUUCUAUUCAAAAUCUUGCUGCUUAUUGUCAUACUCGUGCUGUACAUUACGUCCGUCAUCGUGCUGGCACUCAUCUUCGACCGUCACUGCGAACCAUGGUUUCUUACGACGGAAAGAUUUCUAAUCGACGUAGCGUUCCUGGUGGUGUUUGUGAUCGGUCAGAUCAUGCACAGCCAGCAGACGGAGAUAACGCGCCGGCUCGACUUCAUCUGGAAGCUGCAGGCGACGGAAGAAAAGGAAGACAUGGAACAUCUGCAGGCCUACAACCGCAAACUGCUGGCCAACAUCUUACCGGUCCAUGUGGCAGAUCAUUUUCUUAUGCGUGAGAAAAACAUCGAGGAAAUCUAUCACGAACAAUGCGACACGGUAUGCGUAAUGUUCGCAUCGAUACCAAACUUUUCCGAAUUCUACAUCGAGCUGGAGGGAAACAACGAAGGUGUCGAGUGUUUGCGUCUGCUCAACGAAAUUAUAGUCGACUUUGACGAGCUGCUCGGGCUGGAGCAGUUCCGCUACGUGGAGAAGAUCAAAACGACCGGCUCGACGUAUAUGGCUGCAUCCGGGCUGACGGCGAACAGCUGCGACAAGAACGAUUUCCAGCAUGUCAUCGCCAUGAUGGACUACGCGCUCGAGCUGUUCCAGAAGAUAACGGACGUCAACGAACAUUCCUUUAACAACUUCCGGAUGCGUAUCGGUAUCAACAUAGGACCAGUGGUGGCGGGUGUUAUUGGCACCCGGAAGCCACAGUACGACAUCUGGGGCAAUGCGGUGAACGUCGCCUCGCGGAUGGAUUCGACCGGGCUGAUGGACCACAUCCAGGUGACGGAAGAUGUCUAUCAGAUAGUGAAGGAUAAGGGCUACAAUCUAACCUGCCGUGGCACGGUCAACGUGAAGGGCAAGGGCACGAUGAUCACCUACCUGAUGCCGGGUUUGGCAAAAGAGCAAAGCAACUAGAUCAGGCACCGCCGCCGCAGUACCAAAACAAAAAACCCACGAAGAGUCUAUUUUAUAACGCGUUAGGGUGACAUUAUUCUAUCCCUCCCCCACGAGCACCGUGGCACAAUGUGGAAGCAUUUGAACAGAACAUAUCAACACUAUUCUGUUGGCAGAAAGGUGAAAGCACUCGCUGGCUUGUAGGUAUUGUUAGUGAAUGUUUCUAGUUCCUGGUUAUGGAUAUCAUUUUGAUGCGACCGUGCACAGCACCUAUCACUUAACGAACGAAACGAGGGCGGCAUGGGAUUGUGUAGAUCAACACGUUCGAAUUCCUUGCCGUACAAUCACGGCAAACGAGUUCGUACGAACUCCUUCCCCUAGCGGAUAUAUUAAUAUUAAUGUUUGCGUGAUACAGGCUGCUGAGCAUAACCGAACCGGCAAAGCGACACGAUCGAAUCGUUGUUAUCAGUAUUAUAAACUCGAACACUUACUUAACGAGUGCUUCAAUAAUUGUAAGUUCAUUAAACGCGUCCGCGGUCAAUCCUAAGCAACAGCCAAACACAAUCGACUCGAAUUCUACCCGGAAAGCUUUAGUUCCAUUCCAUUGGGGAAAGUAGCGUUGGUUUGGUGUGUAGUAGCCGUUACCAACACCACGGAUGAAUGUGCAUCGAAGAAUGUGUAGCAAAGGGUGUGGGCAAAACAUCUUAGCAGUAGUCAAUUAGGCCGAUCUUGCCGUGCCGGAGCGGACAGUUGUAAAGCUCGCGUAGAAAACUGAACCAAUGCGCGAAACGAGUUAGGGAGGGGGACGCGCUAGGGAAAGUGUUAGAGACCAACCACCGGGCCAUGGGUCAGAUGAACCAGAUGGAUAUAUUUUUCGAACACAUGUUUUGACGCCCCUCAGACGAUGCCGUACCGGAAUUUUAGUUGCAAAAUCGUACAACACGGCUGCACUGUGGCCAUGGAAAAAAAACCGGACAAAGACCAAAACUUGAACCGAUCUCUCGAAUUUUACUUUUCUUGAAGAAAAUAAUAAUGUAUGUAAGUGUGUGUGUGUGUGUAUUUGUAUGUGUGCGUGUACUUUGUCCGAAUCUGGCGGCGCAUUGGAUGUUACUCGACCAAGGAUGGACAAACCAAAAUUUGCCACCUACUACAGCAGCUACUACUAUAUCAUAAUGGAUCCCGCUUUACACCGCCUAAAUGUAUGUAAAGUGUUGAUGCCGGGUGUCUCCGAGAAGUUGGAUGACAUUGGGCCACAUAAUUUAAGCGAGGGGAAGGGGAAGGGGGAGGGAGGGUGUAGUAAUCGACAUA